ACCUACAACAAAAGACAAUGGACAUAACUGAAGUGAUUAGUAUCACCAAACCACAAUCGUCAUCACAAUACAACAAUAUAGAUGAGUCUAACGAUGAUUCUGAUAUAGAAAUGGGAGAAUCCAGUGCUGGCGGUGCUAGUGCUGGGAUAGUUACUCCUGGUGAACUUAUUACCGAGGACCCAAUUUGGAUGAAAGGUCAUGGGACUUAUUUCCUUAAUGAUUCAACAUACUCUUCUGUGGCUGGUAGUGUAUCUCGUGUCAAUAGAUUAUUGAGUGUGAUUCCAUUGCGUGGUAGAUAUUCUCCAGAAACCGGUGAUCAUAUUGUUGGUAGAAUUACUGAAGUGGCCAAUAAAAGAUGGAAAGUAGACAUCGGAACUAGACAAGAUGCUGUGUUGAUGCUUGGAUCCGUGAAUUUACCUGGUGGGAUCCUUAGACGAAAAUCUGAAUCUGAUGAAUUGCAAAUGAGAAAUUUCUUGAAGGAAGGAGAUUUGUUGAAUUGUGAAGUUCAAACUAUAUUCAGUAACGGUAUUGCUUCAUUACAUACUAGAUCAUUAAAAUAUGGGAAAUUAAGAAAUGGAAUUUUCUUGAAAGUGCCAAGCUCAUUGAUCGUCAAGUCAAAGAACCACGCCUAUGACUUACCAGGAAGUGUAUCUGUCAUAUUAGGUAGUAAUGGAUACAUAUGGCUUCACAAAACAUUAGCAAAUACUUCCACAACCACUACAGUAAACCAAAAUGCAGCCAAGAUACAGGGAAGAGACUAUGCGCCAGGCCAAGGUUCUAUUUCAAUAACAAGGUUGGAAGAAGAAAGUUCAUGGGAGAUCUACAGUGAUCAAAAUGAUCCAAAUAUCACCAGUUCUACCCGUAGCAAUAUUAGUCGAUAUUAUAAUGUUAUCAAGGCACUCGCAUAUGGAGAGUUGGGAAUUACAGAACAACGUGUGAUCUUAGGGUACGAAGCCAGUUUAGCAUAUUCAAACAUAGGAAGUUUAAUUGAUCGUGAAUCAAUGGAGCAAAUUUGUCAAGAAGUGUUGAAUAGUGAAAAAAUGAGAGGUUAGAGUAUGUACUAAUAUAUAAUUGUUUGCACUAGU